AAUCCAAAAUGGCGGAGAUUUGCCAAAAUGUAUUUUUUUCCUCACGUUUCUUUGGAAUAGCGCUUUAUUUUGGAAGGUAUUUAGGAUAAUACAAAGUGAAAUAUUUUCAGGCACGAAUAUAGGACCUAUAGAAUUGUUUAUUUGCCGUAAAAGCCGCAAAGUUGAUGAGUGACAGCACAAAUUACUAGUGAUGAACAGUACUUCAACUUGACAUCCCAUCUGCACCAUAAUAAUUUUUGAGUGUGAUCACAACUGUCACCAUGAUCCGGACACUAAGCAUAGCACGCCUCUGUCUGCUCGCCUUGGGAGCCCGCCUGGUGCUGAUAGCAUACGGAGAAUGGCAGGACCGCACCAUGCUCGUCAAGUACACAGACGUGGACUACUACGUCUUCUCUGAUGCUGCCCAGUACAUCACUAACGGACAGUCCCCAUACAACCGUGCCACAUACAGAUACACCCCCCUCCUGGCCUGGAUGUUAACACCCAACAUUUACCUCUCACCUGUGUUUGGCAAGCUGCUCUUUGUUCUAAGUGAUGUCAUAUCAGGUUACUUUAUGCACCAGAUUCUUCUGUUGCGGGGAGUGGAUGAGAAAACGAGCAAGGUUUGUGCGUCCGUGUGGCUGUUCAACCCUCUACCGAUGGGAGUAUCUAGCAGAGGCAAUGCGGAAGCUCUGACUAUCAUGUUGGUCCUGGGAACACUGUACUUUGUCAUGAAGAAAUGUACCAAGACUGCCGCCUUUCUAUAUGCCACCGCAGUACACUUCAGAAUCUACCCUGCGACAUACGCUCUUCCGUUGUUUCUCCUAUUGGACGAGGAAUACACGGGUCGUAAACAAGCAACCAAGACGACGUUAGACUUCAUGCGGUCUUUAGUCAACCCUUCACGAGUGCAGCUUGUGCUUACAUCUGCUGUGACGUUUGUUUUGUUAACAGGGUUAUGUUUCAUCAUGUAUGGACAGGAGUUUGUUGAAGAGACCUAUCUGUACCACUUGACAAGGAGAGACAUAAGACAUAACUUCUCUGUGUACUUCUACAUGUUGUACUUGACGUCGGAGAGUGAGUGGUCCUUUGUGGUGGGGAUUGUGACGUUCCUGCCCCAGGUUGUCCUGUUGGUUGCCGUGUCGUGUUGGUUGUACAGAGACCUGCCGUUCUGCUGUUUUGUGCAGACUUUCCUGUUUGUAACCUUCAACAAAGUCUGUACUUCACAGUACUUCCUGUGGUACCUGAGCCUACUUCCUGUCAUCCUGCCCUCUCUGAAGCUGAAGAUCCAGGAUGCUGUUACCAUGGCAACCCUGUGGUUCCUGGGGCAGGCCCUGUGGCUGCUCCCUGCCUAUUACCUGGAGUUCCAAGGACAGAACACUUUCCUGUACAUCUGGGCAGCAGGGAUCCUGUUCUUUGCCAUCAAUGUGUGGAUUCUGAUAAAGCUGCUUAAUUCACAUGUACACGAGCCGAUGUUUCACAAUGGAAAACUUGUUAAGUUGAACAUGAAGGAUCAGUAACUGGCUUGAUGUAUACAUCUACUUAGUAGUAUUGUUUGAGAAGGGGUGAAGGUAGUUUCAGUGAGGACAAAAUGUUUUUGUUACUCAAUGCGGAAGCGAUGGGAUCUGCUUGAUACGACUACAGUACAUGUAU